CGCUCAGCUAAAGUGCGCUCUCCUAGUCCGCGGGGUGCACCGAGAACGCGGGGAAAGUGGAUAGAGACCGCAUUGGAACUACAGCCAGAAGAAAAUUAAUUGAUUCAGUAACGAUAAACUACUGGGAACUACCUCUGAAAUUGGAAACAACUAAGGAUAAUGACCCGAGUUGGCCGCUAAACUUAGAGGGGAAAAAAGUUUAACUAGGGCGUCAUCACAGCCAAUGGUGGGAUUGCAAGGCAUGCCUUUUGAGUACCUUGGAUUAGACGUGGAUCUGCUGUGAUUGUCAGAGGACGCGCUAUGGAAGGCGGGAAUGAGGUGGAUCUUUCCAAUAACAAUAUUAUUCCACGGUGGAAAAGACGGUCAGCUAAUGUACCGGACUCUAGCAAGCCCAAACCAAGACCUUUCAGCUACCAGACUGAUGGUGUUUUAAUGACAGACUUUCCUGUAGAGGAUAAAUGCGUCUACACCCUGACUCAACCUGCUGAGAAGAUCAUGCCCUCGCCGAACAAAACUGUGGUUCUGAAGCAUGUUCUGAACAAGCCUACUCGCAAGACGCGGGUUGUCAGGAGCAUUAGCAUUGGACAUUUGUCCAAUGCACGGUUCUCUCUGUCCAAGUUCAAGUCAGACAGCGACAAGCCUGCAGUUGACAACCAAGUGUACCACACUGCUGGUGGAACCCAUAACGGCAAUGGGAGGACCCGCUGGGAGGACAGACACCCACCUGGUGACCGUCAGAGGGAUCUUCAAAAGAGACUGUCCAGCCCAAUCACCUUGACUUCUCAGACAGAUCAGAUCGUUUUUGGCUCCAGUCCACCAGAAACGCCUCGCUGGAAAACCAGCCCUCCACCCAAUCGCAACAAAAACCACCUGUCCCUCUCCAAACAGCGCUUAGAAGCCCUGGAACGCCCCCCUGUUCUUCGCACUCCAUCUGAUCCCCUCCUGCCCUGCACCCCCUCUGAUUCAAACUCACCCUGCUCUUCCUCACCUUGUACCCCCUCUGACUCUCCCUCUCCCCACACCCCCUCUGAUUCCCCCCUGUCCUGCACCCCUUCCAACUCACUUUCGCCUCUCACUCCCCACCCCUCCAUUGUCCUGAGCACCAAUAGCCCAGCUGCCCUGAAAAUGGGCACCCAGCAGCUCAUCCCCCGAGGCCUGGCCUCCGAUGUGCGGCUCAACAAGGCCGCCCACGGGAACCACGGCAGCGUGAACCUGCUGGAGCCCAGCAAACGGCCACCACGGGCUGUGAGCAUGGUGGAGACUGGCACCUUCUUCUCCACAGGGGGGGAUGGUGAUGGUGACAAUGACAGCCCUGGAACACUGAAGAGGGGGCUCCGAUCCACCUCCUACCGCAGGGCAGUGGUCAGUGGGGUGGACCUGGACAAUGACCAUAAGUCCCAUCGCCUAUCCCAGUCAGUGCUGAGAGGAGUGCCAGGAGACAAGGAGUGGCCGGCCAGCCCUGGGAAGGGCAAGCAUAAGGAGAAGAAAGGACUGCCUACACAGAGAACAUUUGACAGUGAAGAUGAGGUUCUGUACCAGAACUAUAAAGAGAAAGCACUGCACAAUGAUUCUGAUGAGGAUGCAGAGUCAAGGGAACCAAAGCCUGAUGACCGCAUUGUGGUUCAGUACAAACCCAUUCGAAUCUCCUGGAGCCAGCUCAGUGUGGUUAAAAGGAGUGGAGUAUGUCAGAACUUAUCCCAGGAGGAGCGGAAAAGACAAGAGGCCAUCUUUGAGGUCAUCUCCUCAGAGCACUCCUACCUACACAGCCUGGAGAUCCUGAUCCGGAUGUUCAAGAACUCAGAGGAGCUUAGAGACACUAUGACAAAAACUGAGCACCACCACCUCUUCUCCAACAUCGUUGACGUGUGCGAGGCCAGCAAAAAGUUCUUUAGUGAUCUGGAGGAAAGGCAUCAGCAGAAUGUCCUCAUUGAUGACAUCAGCGACAUUGUUGCCAAGCAUGCCAAGUCAACCUUUGACCCCUACGUGACGUACUGCUCCAAUGAGGUGUACCAGCAGCGGACACUACAGAGGCUGGUCACCAGGAGUCCAGCCUUCAAGGAGGUUCUGAUCCGGAUCGAAGGCCACACGGACUGUCGGAACCUGCCCAUGAUCUCCUUCCUUAUCCUGCCCAUGCAGAGGGUGACCCGCCUCCCGCUCUUAAUGGAUACCAUCUGUCAGAAGACGCCCAAAGACUCCGUCCAUUACAACACCUGCAAGGGGGCACUUCAGUCCGUCAGCAAGCUGGUACGUCAGUGUAAUGAAGGGGCCCGAAGAAUGGAGAGGACAGAGAUGAUGUACACCAUCAACUCUCAGCUGGAGUUCAAGAUCAAGCCCUUCCCCUUGGUCUCCUCAUCCCGGUGGAUGGUGAAAAGAGGAGAGCUAACGGCUUUUGUGGAGGAGAACGGCAUCUUCCUGAAGCGCACCUCACGACAGCAGGUCUACUUCUUCCUCUUCAAUGACGUCCUCAUCGUCACCAGGAAGAAGAGUGAGGACAGCUACACUGUGAUCGAUUACGCUCUGCGGGACCAGAUCUGGGUGGGACCAUGCCAGGCAGAGGACCUCAACCUCUCCCCAGUCAGGACCACGGCAGGCAUGCUGACCUCGCGGCAGAGCAUGGCCAGUCACCUGUUCCGCCUCAAGUUCCGCAGCAACUAUUCGAGAGAGAAGGUGCCCAUGAUCCUCGGCGCAGAGCUUCUGAAUGAGCGAGCUCGCUGGAUUAGUGCCCUGGGACAGAGCAACAGUGACAGGAAGAAUGCAGACAGAACCAAUGUGAUGCAGGUGGAAAUUACGAGGACAUACACAGCCAAGCAGCCAGACGAGCUGUCACUUCAGGUGGCUGAUGUAGUGCUGGUUUCACAAACUGUGGAAGAUGGCUGGUAUGAGGGCGAGCGUCUUCGAGAUGGGGAACGAGGCUGGUUCUUGGCUGAGUGUGCCCAGAGGAUCACCUGUCAAGCCACCAUCGAGAGGAACAUGCAGAGAAUGGACCGCCUCCAGGGGCUGGAGACCAAUGUGUGAGCUGAAUCCACCCACAAACCACAGAUAAUCACUCCCACCAAGCACUCUCUCUGCUCAGACUCUCCUCCUUAGGCUUUUGAAGGAUUGUACAUAGCUCCUGCAACCAAGUCUUGAAGAACUUUCCACGUAUCACAAAUAGGGCCUGCAGGGUCAUAAUUCAAGACCUUGCUGUACUGACUACUGUGUGAAAUGGGCAGAUUCACUGAGAUUUUUAAAUUUCUUACAAAGGGACAAAUGAAACAAAUUCUUUUUUAUAGCCUAUAUGAUUUUCUUUGUACAAAAAUAUGGCUAAUGUACAUUUUUUUUUGUAUGUUUGAGUAUACUCAUAAUUUCUGAAUGCAAGCUACCCUCAGGGGUCCAAACAGAUGAAAAAUUUAAUGGUUGUAUUAAUAUGUAAUUGAUGGUGAGAAGGCUGUAUGAUGACUGAAAAGGGCCAAAGAGUGAACUGAUGUAAUGUCAAACGUGGAAAAUCUCUGUACCUCUAACAAUGUACUAAUGUAUCAUUAGAAAUAUUCUGACAUUUUAGACAAACGAGAAUGAAGAAAUGGUAUUUUUGUUAUAAAACUGGAACACAGGGGUCCAACACAACUGUAAGAAAUGACAAGCUGUCACAAGCUGUAUAAUUGAUCUGAGCUAUCGAAAUCAAACUUCAGUAAAAUUAUAGUAGUAUGCAUACUCUGUCAUGAAACUUUGUGUAACACAAUGCAGAAGACUGAUUAUUCUCAAUAUUUCAUCUAAAGUAAUCUGCACUCAGGGAAAAUGUAUACAAACAAUGAUUGUAAAUCACAAUGUAAAUAUGUAUCAGAUAAUGUAUUUUUAAACAGACAAUCGUGAUCUAUACAGUUUUUAUCCCCAAUACUGGUGAAUA